GACUGCAGGAUAAAGCACGAGAAUGUGGUGGGUCUGGAGGAUUUCUAUGAGAGCCGAACACAUUACUACCUCGUCAUGCAACUGGUGUCAGGUGGGGAAUUGUUUGAUCGCAUUUUGGACAAAGGAGUUUAUACUGAGAAGGAUGCCAGCAAUGUGAUCAAACAGGUGCUGCAGGCCGUCUGUUACCUGCACAAAAACAGCAUUGUACACAGAGAUCUAAAGCCUGAAAACCUGCUGUACUAUAACAUGGAGGAGAACGCUAAAAUCAUGGUCAGUGACUUUGGCCUGUCUAAAACACUUGAACAUGGUGUGAUGUCUACAGCGUGUGGAACACCGGGAUAUGUUG